AUGGAUACUAAUCCGGAAAGGAGUUCAGCAUGUUUAGACUACAAAUCAAGAAUAGUCGAUCAAGUCUUAAUAUUUGCGUUCAGUGGAAUUUGUGAGGUAAAGUAUUCCGGUGGAGAUUUCCAAUCCCGUGAUUUCAACGAUUUCCGAGAAUUUCUUUCUUGCUUAAAUCUACUGAAGCCUUUAAUGUAUAAAGAACUGCUGCAAACGUAUGAUGAAAGUUAUUGUCAUAAAUUUCAAAAUCUAUGUAAUACAAGCAGACCCCCUUGUGAAGCGAAUACAAUUCAAUUUCUUCGACUUGCCGUUCGAUGGGGCUUUCGGAGAUUAGAAGCGUGCACAAUCGCUAGGAUAGUGGAUAUCUUUUCCAAGACAUACUACUUGCAUUUAAAUGUGGACGAGCAACCGCAUGUUGUCCAAGAAUUGAUAAAGUACCAAUUGAAUUAUGAGAUGGACUGCGAAGAGGAAGAUAAGUGGAUGGUAGAGGAACUUUCACCUCUGGAAGGGAUUGAAUUGCUAAAGGCCAAAUGCAAACAAGUAUCCAAAUGGAUCGGUGAAGGCUUUAAAACUGAUUUACCUGAGCCUAAGACUCCUCCACUACCAGUCGAGCCUAGAGAGAGUGCCUAUGAUAAAUACCGACGUGAUAUAACAGCGUACCGUCGUUCACAGCAACGACAAACUUGA